CAGAAGGAGUGUUGUAUGGCGUUGAAGCUCGUUUGGAGGUUUGUUAAGACAGUGUCCAAAGAAGGGCCAGAUGUAUACAGAAUGGUGUCGUCUGCAUAGAGGUGGAUCAAAUAAUCACCCGCAGCAAGAGCGACAUUAAUGAUCCAUACAGAGAAAAGAGUCGGCCCAAGAAUUGUUGAACCUUGUGGCACCCCCAUAGAGACUGCCAGAGGUCCGGACAACAGAACCUUUUAUUUGACACACUAUCUGAGAAGUAGUUAGUGAACCAGGCAAGGCUGGGUGGAUUAUCCUGCUGGGGGAAAGUUAGUACAUCUGGGUGAUGUUAAUGUUUUACCUGUUGGUUCUAACCAAUGGCUAUUAAAUGAAUUUUAGAGGUUUGCAUCGGAGGGAACAUUUCAUUCUGACAUGGCUCAGCUAAAAAAGACAGUUCUCUCUCACCUCCCAAAGUUUCAUUUUAGUCACACAGUAGUAGGUACAUAGAGGAUUAGGAAGUAAGGCUUGGCAUUUGUUAGUGAGGAAUUCAUGUAUUUGCAGAUAGAUGAACUCACCAUCCUGACCCACUGUGCUGUGUUCUGGUCUAGUGUGGUCUGGUCCUCAGGGUACUGAACCUGUCUGAGCUGGUGGUCCUGUGCCCUGACCUGGCCACACUGAAAAAUGUGCUAUACUUCCGCCAGAACCAGCUGGUCUAUCCGGUCCGCAAGAGUCAGGACAGACACUUCCAGUAUGGAUGCAACCAUGGUGAAGAUUGACCUGGUGCCAUGGCUUGGUGGAAGAUGUUCAACUCCUCUUUUUUUAACAUGGAGUCCUUCCUGUCCUCCAUUUCAUCCUUCAUGAAGAUGAUUCCGGACCACAGGCCCAAAGACCUGGACAAGCUCAUCUGCCCAAAGGGCCGGGUCCUCCACUUCCCCAUCCAAUCCCCCCAUGUCACAAGGAUAAGGAUCCAAAACACCUCCAGGCUGUGUAAGGGCUAUUUGACCAAGAAUGAGAGUGAUGGAGUGCUGCAUCAGAUGACCUGGCCUCAAACUGAAUUGGUCCACCCACACAGACAGCAUCGCGAAGAAGGCUUGUCACUAAAAGCACUCACAAACUUCUACAGAUGCACAAUCGAGAGCAUCCUGUCGGGCUGUAUCACCGCCUGGUACGGCAACUGCACCGCCCACAACCGUAAGGCUCUCCAGAGGGUAGUGAGGUCUGCACAACGCAUCACCGGGGGCAAACUACCUGCCCUCCAGGACACCUACACCACCCGAUGUCACAGGAAGGCCAUAAAGAUCAUCAAGGACAACAACCACCUGAGCCACUGCCUGUUCACCCCGCUAUCAUCCAGAAGGCGAGGUCAGUACAGGUGUAUCAAAGCAGGGACCGAGAGACUGAAAAACAGCUUCUAUCUCAAGGCCAUCAGACUGUUAAACAGCCACCACUAACAUUGAUUGGCUGCUGCCAACACACUGACUCAACUCCAGCCACUUUAAUAAUGGGAAUUGAUGGAAAUUGAUGUAAAAUAUAUCACUAGCCACUUUAAACAAUGCUACUUAAUAUAAUGUUUACAUACCCUGCAUUACUUAUCUCAUAUGUAUAUACUGUACUCGAUACCAUUUACUGCAUCUUGCCUAUGCCGUUCUGUACCAUCACUCAUUCAUAUAUCUUUAUGUACAUAUUCUUCAUCCCUUUACACUUGUGUGUAUAAGGUUGUAGUUUUGGAAUAUUUAGGUUAGAUUACUCAUUGGUUAUUACUGCAUUGUCGGAACUAGAAGCACAAGCAUUUCGCUACACUGCUAACCAUGUGUAUGUGACAAAUACAUUUGAUUUGAUUUUGAUUUGACUGCAGAGUGAAGAAAAAGCAGCCAACGAGUGAUCAGCAUAUGUGGGAACUCCUUCAACACUGUUAGAAAAGCAUUCCAAGUGAAGCUGGUUGAGAGAAUGCCAAGAGUGUGCACAUCUGGGCAAAGGCAAAAGGUGGCUACUUUGAAGAAUCUAAAUUAUAAAUCUAUGUUGAUUUGUUUAAUACUUUUUUGGUUACUACAUGACUCCAUAUGUGUUAUUUCAUAGUUUUGAUGUUUUCUCUAUUAUUCUAUAAUGUAGAAAAUAGUCAAAAUAAAGAAUAACCCUUGAAUGUAUUUAUAUAUUUUUUACCUUUAUUUAACUAGGCAAGUCAGUUAAGAACAAAUUCUUAUUUUCAAUUCUUAUUUGCAACCUUCAGGUUACUAGUCCAACGCUCUAACCACUAGGCUACUUUGCCUCCCCAGUGAGUUAGUGUGUUCAAUCUUUUGACUGGUACUGUAUCAGUCCAGUGAAAUAUUUUUCCUAAACAUUUAUCCCGUUACACAAAUGUUAUUUAUACCCCAUUUAUACUUGAGAUUUAGAAGGAAAAUGACAAUUAUGUAACCUCGAUGACAGGUCAACAGAGCAUUACAUCAUGGAAAGAUGGGGCCUCCAUGCACUUAACACAAAUUCCUAAUUUUGCUAGGUAUUGUACUUUGCUCUCCGAUACAACCAUUUUUUGGUGGUCAUUAGCACUGUAUACAUGAUACCAAUUUCAGCUUCAAGAUGCCGGCAAUUGGAAAAAAUGAAAAAGUAGAUUGUGUUGAUUUAUUGGCACGUGGA